CACAUGGCUGAUUUUGCACAUUGUUCGCAUCUAAUCCAGGGCUAUCGGGAUCAGCUUGUGCAUUGGCUUGAACCAUGUCCAGCUCCUCUGCUUCACUGGCUUUAUGGCUCAGGCCUCAUCACUCGGUCGGAGUAUUUCUCCUUGCUGGAGGUCAGACCCAAGGAGAACCAGGUCAUUUCCAUUCUGGAGAGGGUCAGCCACAAGCCAGCAGCAAGCCAAAUAUUUCUGGAGAAGCUGAAGGAACUUCAAGAGAUCUACAGCCCUGAUCUUCAGCACUGGCUGCAAGAGACUGUGCUCCAGCGGAGCAAAAUGAAACUUUUUAUAAUUCCACCAGAUCCUCCACCUUCCAGAAGGAAUUUGCUGACGUUUUGUCAACCCAAAAAAUAUAAAUUCCCACGGAUAUCUGCAGCUGCCCUGCAAAACCACCGUCGCUUGUUGCUGUCCCAAAGUGAGAAGCUGCGCACCGAUAUGGAAGACACUGAGCCAUGCAAAUGUCCUGAAGUCUACUACCCCAACCUCCUGCUACUCAACAGGCCCUAUUCCAGCCCCACCAGCCAUGAUUACUUGCAGUUGGCUUCUCAUCAGACAUGGCUUCGUUCCUACCACGCCUCGUCCCAUCUGGACCUGUGUCAUCUUUUCUCUCCUUUCCCCCAGGAGAGCUCCUCACCUCACCGGGUGAUGCUGAGUGGCCCUGCUGGGAUCGGCAAGACUGUCCUUGUCCAUAAGGUCCUCCAUUAUUGGGCACUAGGCAGAGCCUUCCAAGGUUUUCUUUGCGUCCUGGAUUUUUCCUUCCAGGAGCUCAGUCUCAUCACCACAAGCCAGAGUUUGGAAGAGUUGAUUUGCACUAAGUUCACACAUCUGAGCAGAGUUCUUCCUGCGUUGCUGGAGCGACCGAGGGAGCUGCUCCUGAUUUUGGAUGGACUGGACGAGUUCAGGCAUCCCCUGGACAGCAAACAUCCUUGCCUCUGGCCAGAUGAGUCAGGCCACGUGAAAGAUCUGGUGUACGGUCUCCUCUAUGGCACCUUGCUUCCCGAGUCCACCAUUUUGGUCACAUCCAGGUCUUCUGUUCCUCUCCCACCAGAACUUUUUAACCGUCAUGUUUUUAUCCUUGGUUUACAAGAGGCACAGGUGAAGGACUACAUCUCCCAGUUCUUCCAGAGCUCCAGUCGUGGCAUGGAAGUGAUGAACUACCUUUCAACUCACCAUGGCUUAGCUAACUUUACUUUCAUUCCCCUUUACAGCUUCAUUCUCUGUACAGCUCUGGGCCAAUACUUCCCAGAUGAGGGGCCGAUCCGAGCCUCCCCACCCAGCACCGUCACUGAGCUCUAUCUGCUUUAUGUGUGCACCAUCUUGAAGUUUCACAAGCCUCCUUCUCCACCAGAGGAAGCAAUGAAAUGGGAUCUGAGGAGGGACAAAGAUUUGCUGCUGCAGCUUGGCCAGCUGGCCUAUGCUGGCCUGCUAAGGGGACAGACUGUGUUCUAUGCAGAUGAACUACAGGAGUUUGGUUUUGGUCUACAAAACCUGCCACCUGUUUAUCUGAAUCAGAUCUUCUUCAAGGAGACCAAUGGACUCUACAGUUUUUUCCACUUGACCAUACAGGAAUUUUUGGCUGCAUUAUACUCCGUGGUUCACUUGGACUUUAACACUGGCGAAUUAACUGAUUGCCUGGAUCUCUGGUGGAAUGGAAAAACUCCAGAAACUCAAGAUGACAGUAGCCUUCUGCGCCCAGCAGAGGAAUCUGAGAGUGGAUUUUACAGUUCUACCUGGCAAUCUCUGAAUAGACACCCACAGUGGGACAAACUGCAAAUGUUUUCCAGGUUUUUCAUGGGACUGUUGACCUCUAGACUGGAAGGCAAGCUGGAAGGACUGCUUGGGAGUAGUUGGGAAGGAGAACCAAUCAUGCUUUUGGCAAACUGGUUUGGAAAAAAGGUUUCACGUGAAUCAGGUCAGAAGCUGCUGUCCUUGAUACAUUGCUUAGCAGAGCUGCACCAGGAUGAUGUGACCCAGGAGGUCAUUUCCAUGAUGGACAAGGUGGACCUGUGCAAAGUGACAUUGAACCUAGCUGAUUGCACAGCUUUGGCAUAUGUCCUGAGUUGCUCAAAGUCUCGGCUGCUUCCAAAUCUCAACUUAAGUUACAGCAAUAUGGGCACCGGAGGACUGAAGCAAUUGCAGGACCAUCUCCCUCGCUGCAAAACUUUGCAAUUGCAAUACAAUUCUCUAGACUGGGAAGCAGCCAAAAUCGAAGCAACUAUUCUAAAGUCCCCCCAGUGCUGUCUGAAAAGACUGGUGCUUCAUGGGAACCGGCUGGGAUCCAGUGGGGCAAGUCUCUUGUGGAACGCCCUUCGCGAUAACACCACCCUAGAAGAGCUUUAUUUGGAUCUUACAGACCUAACGGACAGAGGCCUCCAUAACAUUUUUGAUUCUCUAUCGGGAAACACAACUCUCCGGCUUCUGAGUAUUCCAGGGAACAGAUUCAGCCAAGGAGGCCAACAUAUCCUCUCUGAAUUGUGCCGCAGAAACCCCAAACUUAAGAUUGUCAGCCGUUUCCUCUCUGGUGCGGCUUUGCUCCAGAGUUAUCUGGAUUGGGUGGACGAGAUCACAGUGGAGCCCAAGCAAAUGGAGUCGGUCAACAAUGCUGGAGCCCUGGACAUGAUUCUGGAAACAUUGGUGGACACAGACGAUCCAGAAGCUAGCCAGGAAGCUCAAGAAAAAGUGGGAGAGCUGAAGAAAAAGAUUUGUGCUAUCCUGAAAGAGGACCAAAAAAGAAGAAGAAAAGAGAUAUAA